CAUAUGGCGACGUGCUUUUCAUUUUGUAAACAUUUGACUGAGGGAGAAGAAACUUAUGGAUAAUCUUGUGAAGGUGCAUGGAAGCGGUGGCUAUGACUCUGACUUCAGUGAUGAUGAUGGACAAGGAGAGUCCUCACACAGAGGCAUUAAAAGGAAAAGUGAAGAGGAAAUCUUACAGAAGCCGUUCCAGAAAGGCCGGCACUCCCAAGUGGCUCACCGGAGUUUACACUCUAAUGAACUGGACAGAGAAGAAGCCAGGAACAGAAGAGCCCACCUGAUAUCAUUGAAUGCUUUUGAGCGACAUAAGAAAUUUGUCGGUGACUACAUACUUUAUUAUGGAGGACAGAUGGCUGACUUCAAACGCUCUGUAGCUAAAGACAAAACAGAUCUGGAUGUGCUGCGUGAGAAUCAUCGCUUCCUCUGGAGGGACGAGGACGAGGAAGACAUGACAUGGGAAAAAGAACUUGCCAAGAAGUAUUACGACAAGCUGUUUAAAGAGUACUGCAUAACUGACCUCAGCAGAUACAAGGAAAAUAAGUUUGGAUUUCGUUGGCGGACUGAGAAUGAAGUUGUCUCUGGCAAAGGUCAGUUCCAGUGUGGAAACAAACGCUGUGAGAAGCAGGAAGGCCUAAAAAGCUGGGAGGUGAAUUUUGCCUACGUGGAACACAGUGAAAAGAGGAAUGCAUUGGUCAAACUCAGACUCUGCCCUGAAUGUUCUUUCAAACUCAACUACCAUCACAAGAGGAAAGAGGUAAAAGCAAAGGCAAAGACUAAAAGUUUAUCGGAGGAGAGUGAGGAACCACCACACAAGAAGAAGAGGAAGAGAUCGUCUUCACAUUCCAAGAAGCACAAACACAAGAGACGCAGAGAUCGCUCCACCUCCUCCAGCAGCUCAGAGGAGUUGCUGAACUCGGACAAAGACUCUGAAGCUGAGGAUGGGCCAGAGGGCCAAUCAGAAGCCGACCAUUGGCGAGGACCCGCCCCAGCGGUGGAGGAAAAGUCAAGGGAGGAGGAGUUUGAUGAGUACUUUGAAGAUAUGUUUCUUUGACUCUGCCGGUAUCAGUGGAAACCCUGCUGUGACUGCGCUUCCUUUUGCGCACCACUGACAUUAAGCCUGUAGUUUUGUCUGACUGUAUGUUUCAUUACUGUUACAGAAAUAAACACAAUG